AUGAUGGCGGCCGACCUCCACCGCAGCUUCUUCCUCGCGCCGUCGCCGCACCACCUCGCCGAGCUCCGCAUCGAUCCCCAGCACUCGGCGGUCACCUUUUCCGCGCCAGGCGGCGUCGCCGGGCCCGGGGGACGCAAGCGCCGCUGCCUCCUCCCGCCCGUUUCGCCGCGCAAGAAGUUGCUGGUCGAGCUCCACCCCUUCGACUCCUCGCCCUCCCCCUCACAGCCGCCUUCGCCGCGCCUCUCCCCGAGCACCGCGCCGCCUUUGCUGUCGCGCACGGGGUCCCCCGCCGGUGACUUCUCAUUCCCGUCGGUGCGUCCGUGUAUCGGUGGUAGCGGCGGCGGCAAUGGGGGCAACAUCUUCGCGUUCUUGGAGGACACGCCCAGCACGCCGUCUCCGACGGGCUCCGGUGUCAGCGCCCUAUCGUUCUUGGCUCCACCGGGGCAGCCGACAACGCCCACGGGCGGCACCUUGAGCGGCGGGCUCACGUUCAUGGAUUCGCCACAGAAGCCGACGGCGGGCCCCACUGCCAACGGUGGAUUCAUGUUCUCGGCUUCGCCGGAGCAGCCGCUCACGCCAGCGAGCUCUCCUGCCGGCGGCGGCCUCGCGUCCUUGUCUACCGAGCCGUCCCUGUCGCCCAGGGAAUACCACGGCGGGUGCGCCGUGGCGUCCUUCCCUUCCCCGAAGCACGCGCGCACGGGCUCCACCGAUAGCGGUGGCUUGGCUUUCUUCCCUUCGCCGGGGCCCCCCAUCGGGCACGCAAGUUCUCCGACAUCCCCGUCGUUUGUCUUCUCGGCAUCGAAGAUUUUGGCGCCGCUCGUGCGCAAGUCUGGCGGCGGCAGGAAGAAGAGGCCGCGGCGACAACAAGGCAUCGUGAGCACGCUCCGCGGGAGCCAGCAGGCCAUUGAGCCGCCGCAGAAGGUUGUCAAGACGUACGCCUCGGUCACCGCCGGCGAGACCUCCCGCUCCUCCAUCCAGUCCGGGUCAUCGGCCAGGCCGUGCUGCACGUUCUUCACCUCGCCGGCGAAGGCCACUCCCGCGAAUGGCGAGACAUCCCGCUCCUCUGGCAAGCAGGAGGCCAGGAAGGCCUGCAGUGAGGCGUCCAGCUCGACUUCGCCAUGCGGGUCGGGCUCCACGUUCGUCCCAGCGCCGGCGAAGCAUUCGUCAGCUGGGAAGGCGAGCAAGCAGCAUCGGGAGGUGGAAGUAUCCAGCGUUGCCACACCAGCCGCGCCAGCAGCAGCCUGCACCGGCGCCGAAGUGGUGGUGCGCGUGACCUGCGCUUGUGGUGUCCACAAGGAGUUCUGCUUUGACCACCGCCACUGA